AUGGAAGAAAAGUUUACAAAAAGUUACAUUAAGGUGGAUGGACCUCCUGUUACACUAAAAUAUCAAACUUUUCCGGAGGUGAUGAAACAUUAUGCAGAGACGAAACCUGACUCUCCGUCUGUUGUCUUUGUAUCAACUGACGGGACUCGAGAAUGUGUAACUUGGUCACAGCUUUACCAACGAUCUAAGAUAAUGGCAAAGUCACUGAUUAAAAUGGGGAUUAAGAGGCACGAGGUUGUUGCUAUCAACGUCCGUUGUUGUCCAGAGUGGUUAUAUGCUACAUUUGGUGCCAUGAUGGCUGGGGCCAUUCCAGUCAGCAUAUCCUUCACAUAUACUGACGGGAGUGACCUUAUCGCUCUAAUGAAAAAGAUGGAAACUUGUUCGCUGCUUAUUCUUGUUCCUGGUGCCGAGUUUGUUAAUUGGAAUAUCCUUCGUAAACUUCUUGACAAGUACAAGGCUGAUGGAAAGGUAAAAAGCCAAAAAAUGCCGUAUCUAAGAUUUGUUCUAGGGGUAAGGUUUGGGUAUCCCGAAUUACCAAAUGUCAUAGGCUUGCGAGACCUUUUAGAGGAGGAUCAUUGUGAUAUAGAACUUCCCGUCGUUAAGCCAACCGAUGUAUGUGGACUCUUCCAGACAUCUGGGAGCACAGGGAUUCAAGAAUGUUACAUAUACUCAACAAUCAUCUCUAAAGAUGUUUAG